CUCAGUCUGGUUCGUUUAUUCUAAACAUUUUAGGAGUGAGAGAAAAGUGAAGGAAGCCAGAUAGAGUUGAGGUUUUUAAAUAUGUUUUUAAUCUCUAAAUCACUCCAAUCGUUUUUUUGUUGACAUAAUACAAAAGUUAUUUUGAUGCAGGGGUUUAUUGUGAUCAGACUCAUAAAUUAUUUGUAAAGUUGUUUUGAAGAAACUCCGAUUCGAGCAGGUGGAGCAUCAAUUCCGACACGUCAAAAGGGGACUUGGACCUUCUUUUGGGAUAUAAUUGUUGCCAGCAUUUAUUUGUAUGCUACUGGCCUACGUUAUUACAUUGAUAGGUCAGUUAUUUGUUUGAAGGACGUUUCCAAAACAAAAGCCGGCUUUUUGUUCGUUGAGUUUGCGCUUUUUACCGUUCACCUGUCAUUGUAGCCUAAAGACUGAAAAUGUCUGCUGAAAGGUAUUCCACUUUGGAUGAACCGUCGCUUCGGAAUCUGCUGGAUGGGACGAUGGACCUGGAUGAGCGGCGGCUGAUCCGUUCAGCCAUCAGAGAGCUGAGGAGGAGAGAGAUAGAGGACAUGGAGGCAGCCCUGGCCAGCAAACGCUUCCGGCACAAACGCCUCAACCAGAAUGACGACAAAGAGAACCAGCUCACAGAUAGGUCAGAUUUGGGUGACUCCCUAAACAUGCUCUCUGUGAAACUACAAGCCAUCCAGGACAUGGAGGAACUGACUGGACUGCUGCGCGGGGCCACUGAGUAUGAGGAGAGGAAACUGAUCAGAGCUGCCAUCCGCCACCUCCGAGACGAGGAGCAGCAGGGUGAGUACAGAGGAGGAGGAGGAGGAGGAGCUGGAGGUAGAGGAGGAGAAGGAACAGAAAUGGAGGAGGAGAAGGAACAGAAAUGGAGGAGGAGAAGGAACAGAAAUGGAGGAGGAGAAGGAACAGAAAUGGAGGAGGAGAAGGAACAGAGAUGGCGGUAGAUCAGGAGAAGGAACAGAGAUGGCGGUAGAGGAGGAGAAGGAAGAGAGAUGGCGGUAGAGGAGGAGAAGGAACAGAGAUGGCGGAAGAGGAGGAGAAGGAACAGAGAUGGAGGUAGAGGAGGAGGAGAAGGAACAGAGAUGGCGGUAGAGGAGGAGAAGGAACAGAGAUGGCGGAAGAGGAGGAGAAGGAACAGAGAUGGAGGUAGAGGAGGAGGAGAAGGAACAGAGAUGGAUGUAGAGGAGGAGGAGAAGGAACAGAGAUGGAGGUAGAGGAGAAGGAACAGAGAUGGAUGUAGAGGAGGAGGAGAAGGAACAGAGAUGGAGUUAGAGGAGGAGAAGGAACAGAGGUAGAGGAGGAGAAGGAACAGAGGUAGAGGAGGAGGAGAAGGAACAGAGAUGGAGGUAGAGGAGGAGGAGAAGGAACAGAGGUAGA